AAAAACGUAAAGUUGUUAGUCUGCACACUCAAAAACAUUCGCCGCCAACCUCUAUUCUUUGCUGUGAGGAAGAGACAACCGAACAAGCUGGAUAGUAAAUCGCGUAGUUCCAUUUUAAACAAUCCAUGGAGAUGAACUUUGACGGAGCUGAUUUUGUGAUAAUGUUCAAAACGUUCAGACACCAGUUGAAGAGCUUGGUGAGAAUUGCCUGAACUGCACAAGUAUAGGAGCAUCUAUCGAGUGCAGAAAAUGUUGGUUGAGGGUUACGAAUCUUUGAAAGCUGCAGACAAUGUUUCAGUUGACAUACUUGAAGUUUCACGAAGCAGGGAUCUCAAGGUGGAGGCCAAAGAGGACCCUGAUGCCACUGAGAAUUCUAGCUCAUUUGCUGACACAUUUUCUGGAGAUGAAAAUGCUUCUAGUUUUAGCGAUACUGAAGUCGAAUCACACUUCAUUCCUGACAUUGGUUUGGACCCUACAUUUGACGGAUUUGGCAGCGUCUUCCCAAUAAGGAAGAAAAAAUUGACUGCUCACUGGAGAAACUUCAUACAUCCUCUAAUGUGGCGAUGCAAAUGGACAGAGCUGAGGAUAAAGCAAUUAGAGUCACAAGCAUCGAAAUAUGCCAGACAGGACAGCGGGAAACAUAUGGCGCAAGAUAAAACAACUGUGGAGCAGUUUGGAUCGAACUCUCUGCCAAUUUCAAUUCAAAGUCAUAGAAAUAGGCUCAUGAAGAGGAGGAAAAGAAGAAGAGUGGAGAAUACAAGUGAUAUUGCAUCAUACAUGUCAAAUCAUAUCAUUUUCUCUGAUCGAGAAAAUAAGAGACAUGAUCUGGAUGGAGUUCCUACAUGGGAGAAUAGUGGCAACCGUGAUGAGUUUGGCCUUAACGGUGAUUAUUCAAUUCAUGAAGAAGAUGAUAAUCUUCUACAUCAUAUGCUCAGGAAAAUCGAGCUUGUGCAUUCCCGGGUUCAGAAGUUGAGGAAUCAACUUGAUGUAGUUUUGAUAAACAAUGCUAGCAGGUUUUCUUCCUCGGAGGAUUUGAGCCAGCUCGUGGGAGGUGACAUACAUAGCCCUACAUUCUCUGCUUGCAACGGAGAUGCAGGCCUCUAUGCAUCAUCUCCGUAUAUAGGGGACUAUGAUAUCGAGGAUUUUGAUUUACUCGACUGCGAAGAAGUUUCUAGUUUUGGAGAGCCUUUUUCGAUUCCUGAUAUCAUUGAAAGCAGUGUUGGCCUUCUGUACUCGGCAGAUGUCACGCAGCAUCAAAACCAAAUCGGAGACUCAUCAGAAAAGAUUGUGGACAACAUCCUCAUACAAAACGAGGCCGCUGAAGUUGAGGGCGCCAACCAAUUCGCUGACAAGGCUCAAGACGUGGAACACAGUGGAGAGGAAGAGAGCAAUAACAAGGCCUCCAUUUUGGGUGAUGUGGAGGCAAACACCUUGAAGCCGAGUAUAACCUCGCAGAUACACUUCCCGAAGAAUAAGAGGAAGCGGGGAGAGCGCAAAGCUGCUUCUGGGAAUUGGAGUCGCCAAUGGCCCGCUGAACCUUGCAGCUAACGAGAAACAGCACAGUUAUUAGAGCCUCGAUUAUCUCUACUCUGCUCCAGAAGGAUUGUUUUUUACGAUGCAGGCGCGCUUCAAAUGGCCUAAUGAGGCUUCUUUCAUUAAUUACUAGCCUUGUUUUCUUAUUCAUUGGGUUCUUUGAGCCAUGUUUUUAGUUCAGUUUAGGAAAUGCAGCAAAAUGCUGCAAUGUAUUUUUGUAUCUGCAGUCUUCAAAUCACUGCUGGAUUCCAGUAUUGUUGUUUCAUUUGAUGGCUUCAAA